AUGUCCGCUUUUCAAGUUCUCAUGGCCAUGUCCAACAAGGACUUGGCCCUCUCCAGUGAGGCCAAAGAAAGCCUUCGGAGAUUGGUUUGCACCUUCUUGUCUCUGCCGCACGGCGCGGAUUUUACCGUGCGCCUUCAUUUACUGGCGAACGCAAUCUUGUUAGCGCUCCAACCACCGGACCUGAGGUUGCAGAGGCUCCUCGAGCAGCUGCCUUCUCCCGAUGCGGCACUCUUACAAGGAGCUGCGAAAGACUGUGGGCCGCUGCUGAUCGACCUGUUGAAAGAGCAGCUUUUUCAUGACAGCGCCGAGCCCCCCAAUCCAGAGAAGAAGCGCAGGGCCAUUGAGGAGAGAACUGGAGUCAAGUCACUUCGAGUGCAGUUCAGGUUGAGAGAGAAGACUGGAGCCCCUCAUACUUGGCCUUGGCCGAAUGGUAUGGAGCAUGCUGAGCCGGACUGGGUCACCGGAUUGUCGGUGUUUUGCGAGGCUUGGUUUCCUUCGGAGGCUGAGCAGGGCCAGUCCAUCCCAGGCUACUGGUUCGGAGCAAGGAAGGCAUCCUAUCGACCGCUCUUUGACAAGUUGAAUGCGAGCUGCCUCGAACCAGCACGGCGGCUGGCUGCUGCUGGCCAGUUCCGGCGCAUGUGGUGGCCUCGAUGGGAGCCUUCUGCAUCUGCCAGGAUGAGACUGAAGGCUGCCAUUUUCCUGGACCAAACCUCGCGCAACUAUCAGUCCACACAGCGAGGUGAUGAUGCCUUGCUGAAAGCCGCCCGAGUCAAGGAGCAGUGUGACGCUGUGGCCCUGCAAAUGGCUUUGUCAGUGGUGGCGGCAGGCGGCGGCACAGCGAACGGAGCUUUCUUCCUGCAGUUGGGUUCAGUGCCCGAGCUGUGCUUUUUGUCACUGGUGCUGCGCCACACCCGGGAGCCCUGCUUCAUCCAGCUCGCGGAGGGGAUGUUAGUCUCCAUCGUAGAGGAGCUUCAGCGAUCCGACCAUGGCUUACCAUCCGAGGGGCUCCAGGGGCAUCUGGGACUUUGUUCGCGAUUCCUAGAAGAGACCCGAGAUGCGCUGGAGGCCGUGGGCGUGGAAGCCUACUUGCAACGGGCCCUACAAACCGACCAGCCGCUGCUGAUCGGCCAGCCGGAGCAGACGCCCAGACUCGAGGUACUGGACCAGAGGUGUCAAGCGCAUGCUGCAGGCUUGCGCUUCUUGGAUCCACUACUCUGCGAUACUGCUCGUUUCGAGCAGCACCAUCUGGUGGAGGAGCUCAGCAGAAGUCUGCAGGUUCUUGGCUUCCUCCAUGCAGAGAGUGGAAUCGUUCUGAGCUUGUCUGGCGGUGUGGACAGCAUGGUGACCUGCUGCUUGCUCUGGCUUUUGCGUCGUCGCUUACCUCCAGAGCAGUGUUUCAAAUUUUGUGCACUGCAUCUCUGCCAUCCAAACCGCGAUGAUGCCCGAGAUGAAGAGGGCUGGGUGCGGUGGUCAUGCUCUAAGUUGGGAGUCGAGUUGCUCACCUACAGGCUAAAGAUCCGACGGCCCCACGGAACCCUGCGAACUGGAAUCUCUCGUGAACGCUACGAGGAGAAGUCGAAACAGAUUCGUUUUCGAAUGUAUUCGCGCUGUUUUGAACACCUUGGCGUCCCUUUUGAGAGGGGAGCGACACUGGUAGCACACCAUGAGGAUGAUGCAGACGAGAAUCGGCUGGCUGAGCUGGGAAAGGGCAACAUCAUCCAUAUUGAUGGGAUGUUGCCAAGCAGUACGACCCAAGGCGUGACUGUCAUCCGGCCAUUCUUGAAGGUGCGCAAAGCUGAGCUCAUCGGCUUCGCUGAUCUCGCGGCCCUCUGCUACAUGCAAGACUCGACUCCCAAGUGGAGUCGGAGAGGCUGGAUCCGAUAUGUCCUGGACGAGAUGAACUCUGAAGAGCAGCAGAGCUUUACUCGGCUGCAGAUGCUCCUGUCCCGAGCUGGUGAGGCAUCUGCAACCCUUGGCGAAGCCAUCGACGAGUCACUGGGAGUAUGGAAAGAGUCCGACAUCACCUCUGGAGUGAUCAGCGUUCCUGAGGUGACGCUCACCACUGGAGACAGCAAGAAAGGUCAGGAGCAGAUCGUUCACGGCUACUCCUCACAUCAAGUGCCGGUGGUUAUACUCAGGUUGCCGGUCCUCUUCACUUUGGCUCAGGAGUUUCACCAGAAGGUGAAGCAGCUGAUGGACGACUUCCGGGACAUAGCCAGCAUCUGGAACAAGGCCAUCGAGAAGCAAACUGCCAUGCCAAACGGUCACGGAGACGGCGCCCGCAAGACGGGAGCAGCACAUGAGAGUUUGGAUAUGGAGGACGAGGAGGCCGGGGCAUGUCCUCUGCAGGCCGUCCGUGUUUGCGACGGGCCCUUUGAGAUGGGGCCCUUCGUCCUGGGCCGCGCGGUGUGUGUGGCACUGAAUGCGGUGCCGGAGGUUCAUCGACUGCUCGGUGGGCAGCUGGUAGCCAGGAAGGCAUUGAAGCACGUGUGGGACUGCGUGGUCCGCGCUCGGCGGGAGCACCACUGGGGUACUUUGCACAAGAUGUGCCCCUUCCUAUACGUGCGAGAAGCGAGCAGCCUGGUUCUGUGCGAUGCGCAAGAGUGCGGGCCGGAGUUUGCAGACGCCCGAUGGCAGCGUCACUUCGUUGCUGCCGUGACAGAGUUCCUGCAGACACAGGAGAAAGCUGGAGUAACCGAAAUGCACAAGCAGCCACAGCAGCAGACCCGUCAGCAUGGAACACCGCACAUCUGCAUAACAUGUGAUUCUAGAGUCAUGAAUCCUUGCACACGCCAAGACUCUUGA